AUGGAUCCAUCACUACAAAUUUCAUUAACGAAAGGCAGUAAAGAAGUUGACAUUUUAGAUUUUGGAAUAAAAGCAAGUGGCAAGCUACAACUCCUGGAUGAGAUGCUUUCCAGCAUAAAAGAGAAAGGAUUAAGAGUGCUGAUCCUUUUUCAGUCUAUUGGAGGUUCUGGAAAGGAUAAUAUUGGUGAUAUUUUGGAUGACUUCGUACGUCAAAGAUUUGGUAAGGGUUCCUAUGAACGUGUUGAUGGACAUGUACUCCGUUCAAGGAAGCAAACUGCUUUGAACAACUUCAAUAAUCAUCAAGAAGGGACGUUUGUGUUCUUAUUAGAAACCCGUGCUUGUAGUCCAAGCAUCAAACUUUCAUCUGUGGAUACUGUUAUCAUAUUUGCUAGUGAUUGGAACCCAAUGACUGAUAUAAGGAAUCUGCAAAAAAUAACACUACAUUCACAGUUUGACCGGAUAAAUAUAUUCCGUCUAUACUCUUCCUGUACUGUGGAAGAAAAAGUUCUAAUCAUUGCAAAGCAAGAUAAGACACUCGAUAGUAAUUUACAGAGCAUAAGCCGGGGUGCUAGUCACAUGCUGCUGAUGUGGGGGGCUUCAUAUCUCUUUGACAAAUUGGCAGAGUUUCAUUGUGGCAAUAACCCUACCUCGAGUGGAAAUACAUUGUUUGAGCAAUCACAUUUGAAAGAUGUUAUCCAGGAGUUCUUAACCAUAAUAAUUCAGAAGGGAAAAGACAAUACUCCAAGUAACUCUAUAAUUUUGAAGGUUAAACAAAAUCAAGGAAGUUACACUACUAAUUUUCCAUUGCAUGGUGAGCAAAACAUUCAAUUGUUGGAUGAAGAGCUGCCUCAUAUGUUUUGGAAAAAACUGCUUGAGGGAAAACAGCCACAGUGGAAAUAUAGUUCUGGUUCCUCUCAGAGGAACAGAAAAAGGGUUAAAUAUAUUGAUGACAUACAGAAGAAAUCUGAAGUUGAGGGUGAUGACGUUGUGAAGAAGCGCAAUAAAGUGGCCAACAAUAGCGCUGAUUCACCUUCUCUAAAAGCUGCUCCAAUAGGAACUUCUGGAGCUCCAGUGCGUAAUAUGUCUCGAUUCAUGCCAAGUUCAACUGGCUGUCUUAACACAACUGAUGCCAAUCAUGUUUCCAACAUCACACAUUUGAAUAGUAAUUUAUCAGAAGUACUGAGAGCUAAUAUAGUUGAGUAUAAUGAAAGAAUGAAUUUGCAUGAUUCCGAGAAGAGUCUUCAUCUCGUUUUGAAGCCAGAGAUAGCUAAACUUUGUGAAAUUUUACAACUCCCACAUUCUGAUAGUGAUGGUCUGCUAUCUUUGCCCUGUCUCAUCAAGUGUCCCCUUCGGGUUUUGAGAGGCAAAUCUCAUGGGCCACAGAGGACUUUCAACGUGGCUGCCUCUCCAAAAGCUGCAGAUUUUUCAAAUGAAGAUCUCAGUAAAAAUCAGUCAAAUGGAAGAUCUUCAUUGUCAACACCAUCUAAAACGCAAAAGGUGAGAAUAGAGGUUGAAAACCUGAGACCUAGUCAGGAAUUCUCUGUUGAUCAGGUGCUUUCCCAUCUAGGAUUGGCACAAAAUGAUUACUCAAAAAGCAUCAAAGACAUUGAAAAGAAAUGUGACAAACAGAGGAGGAAGCUAUUGCAGAGGCAACAUGAAGAAAGGGAAGAGUUCGAAAAGAAGUAUGAGGAAGAGAAGGCAGAGCUUGAACUUAUGCAUAUAACAGAGGCAGCUGUUAUUCGUCUACACAGUAAUAUUUCGGUCAGAACAGAUAAACUUAAGAUACUGGAUAGUGAAUAUGCAAAAGCGUUUGUAGAACUUAAACGGCAGAUGGAUAUACGCCUUAAUAACCUUUUGGAAUCGCAACUGGCUACCAGUAACAAACUGCAAGAGAGGAAGGCUCAAUGGAUUGAAGGAGUGAAGUCCUGGGCACAUGCUGAAUUAAUAGAUAAACAACCUGCAAAUGAAUUUGGAUAUAAUCAAGAAAAUGCUGUCACUUUGAAUUCUUGUUCCAAAGAACAGAUUCCUGAACGAGCCCAAAGCAUGCUAGAUGGAGAUGUUCCACUGGAAGUUCGUGAAACUGUGAGUUCAAAUGAGGAUGUACCUCUUGGAGUAAUGGUUGCAUCCGAACCGAUGUCUGAUGGGGCUACAUCAAGCAUGCUUCACAGAGAGCUUCCGUUGGAAGCACCUCAGACUGCAAGUGGGAGGCAUGUUUCAGAGGAUGUUUUGUCUGUGAAUUCAUCUCCAUGUGAAGAACAAACUUCUGCCAGAUCAACUUCAGGCAUGGAUGUCAGAGAAGUUUUGUUGGAAGUGCCUGAAACUGCUCCUCUGGAAGCUGAGGAAGAUGUUAACCGAAUUGUGGAGAAAGAUGGGGUAUCUGGUAUGGUAUCUGAUAAUGCCAUUGAAGUUGAUCAGCGGAAUGGAGUGGUGUGUAUUCCUAAUCAAGAGUCUCACUAUGAUGACAUAACAGCAGUCAACCAGGAAAAUGGAGAGGUUCUAUUAGGAGUGGCUGGAAACAGUGGUGUCUACCAGCAGGAUGAGGAGGAUCCAUCAGUAGUUCGUGAAACUUCUUGUGAAGUAGUAGGGAGUGGUAGUACUGGCAGAGACAACAGUGGAGUUCGUGUUCCUGCCUUGCAUUAUGAUACUGGAGUUAAUCAGCAGUCUGGAGUGCUUCCAUCAGGAGGUUUUGAAACUGCUACUGGUGCAGAAUUGGGGGCUGGCCACACUCGGCAAGAGAUCGACAGAACACACACUGAAGCCUCAGAUAAUAGCCAACCAACUGAAUCCUCUAGAUUACGAGAUAGUAUUGCACAAGUUUGUGAUAACCAGAUUGCUUUUCAACAAGUUGAUGCCUUGGCUACCGAACCUGUUGUUGUAGGUUCCGAUCAAUCUCCAAGUGAUGCACCUGUCACAGAGCAUACACUGCAAUUGUUACCAUCACCCAACUCCUCUGCUGGUUCACAUCUUACAACUUCUUUUGCUCAAGAUGUGCUUGCUGAUCUGAAUUUUGAUGAAUCAGGGACACUUGUCUCGAACUUGAGGACUGCACCUGUUACUUCUACAAAUAGUAAUCGUCUUAUUACUGCACCUGCUGUUCAUAUGCCUGUUUCUAUGUCUCAAGAUCCACUAGAAAAUGAAUUGGAUAGAAUACGCAAAGAAACAGCCCAAAUCAUCAAGAUCCAUGAAGAUACAAAGCUUCAGCUGAAAUCUGAUUGCGAGAAGGAGAUACAAGAGGUUGUUGCUCAAAUUCGUAGCAAGCAUGAUGUUAAACUUAAGGAGAUAGAAUCUGAAUUCCUCUGUAAGAAGAAAGAGAUGGAUGACAUUAAAAACAAAGUUCUCAUGAACAAGAUAUUGGCCGAGGCAUUCAGAGCCAAGUGCAUGGAUAGUAAGGCAUCUAGCACCCCUUUCAGGCAGCAAGAGAUGACCUCCAGUAUCGUGCAACAAUUGCUUCAGCUGUCACAACCCACUGCACAGAGGCCUAUUAUUACUGACCCGUAUUCAACUGGUCUACUUUCAGCUGGUCUGCAACCAACUCCCACAUGUACCCCUCCUGCCCCACCACGACAGGUUGUUCAUAGCUCAGAACUUUUCUCAGGCACACCAACCAGACCACCACAUAUCAGCUCAACUCUCACAUCUACCUCUCCCGCCCCACCACGACAGGUUGUUCAUAGCUCAGCACUUUUCUCAGGCACACCAACCAGACCACCGCAUAUCAGCUCCAUCUCUCCCACCACCAGCAAUCUCCGAGUCAGUAGUGAGAUUCGAGCUCCUGCCCCACACCUGCAACGUUUCAGACCUUCAUUAUCUAUAUCUACUACCGGUCUUCCAUCCUUUCCACGUGGGAUGCAAAGUCAACAAGUAUCUACAACUUCUCCCACACUUUCUGAGAUUCCUUCACGAGCUCCAGCAACUGCGCAUCAAUCUGGUCCUCGGACUAUGACAAAUGGUCGGGAAAGCAUGGGAAUCUCACCUUCUAGAACAUCUCUCCAGGGACUUGAAUCAUUGAUGAAUGUAGAUAAUCAAACAAAUACAAAUCCACCUCAGGCCUUCAGUUUUCCCCCACUAACAGAUUUGAGUUCUAACCCCAACCCAUUGCCUCAACCGGAGCUUAGUUUGCCGACAGACCCAGCAAGUGAGGUUGUUUGUUUGUCAGAUGAUGAGUGA